AUGUACAGCGCGUCCGCACAGAAGGCCAAACGCCGUACCCACACGCGUCCCGAGCUCACGGAUGAGCAGAAGCAGGAAAUCAAGGAGGCGUUCGAGCUGUUCGACACGGACAAGGACGGCUCACUCGACUACCACGAGCUCAAGGUCGCCAUGCGCGCGCUCGGGUUCGACCUCAAGAAGGCGGAGGUGCUCAAGAUCCUCCGGGACCACGACAAGACUGGCCACGGGCUCAUUGACUUUGAGGACUUCGCGAAAAUCAUGAGCGAGCGGAUCCUUGCUCGGGAUCCUAUGGAGGAGAUUCGACGCGCUUUUCAGCUGUUCGAUGAUGACAAUACCGGCAAAAUUAGCUUGCGGAACCUCCGGCGGGUGGCAAAGGAGAUCGGAGACCGGUUAGAAGACGAUGAGCUCCAAGCCAUGAUAGACGAAUUCGACCUCGACCAGGAUGGCGAAAUCAAUGAACAAGAGUUCUUCGCUAUCAUGACAGACGAUGCAUGA